AUGAAAUUCUUCACUGUUCUGUUGCUGGCCAGCCUAGCCACCACCUCUCUCGCCGCACCACAUGCCACCCAGAUCACUCAAACUAGCCAUUCCAAGAAGGAUCACAUUUCCAAUGAGGACCAUUCUAAGGAGCCUUUCAUCUUCAGAGAAGAGCUGAUUUCUGAAGAGACUGUGGUAAUCCAAUCCACCAGACCACACAGUCAAAAGGCCCAGCAGCAGCAAGAGGACAAAUCCCAAAAUGCUGAACAUCCAUCAGAAAAGAUCACAGAAUUCAUUUCCAGGCCUGCUUCAUCUUUCCAUCCCAAAACAUCCUUUACAAUGUCUUGA